AUGAUAUUUUCAAGUGAUCAACGUAAGUUUUUCAACUAACCAGGGGACCAUGCGCAGAACGUUUUAUCAGGCGUAUCCCUAUUAAUCUGAUAAAUUUACUUUUAUGGAGCCCCGAAACCCGAUUUCCGGGUCCCCCAGAAAAAAAAGAAAAUGUAAAAAUUUUGGUAAGGCGCCAGAAAAAUUCUGUGCACGGUUGCGCCAUGGUGUUUGCACACAUUUUAAAGUCAUUUAUUUUUUGCGUUUUUUAAAGGCCGGGAAGUUUUCUCUCUUCAAAAAAUAAACCAAUUCUUACAGUUUGUACCCGCCUUCGGAGAAUACAAAAAUCUCCAGCACCAUCGAAUAAACAAGAAAUCGAACAAUUAUUGAGUAGUGUGAAUGAUCUCAAAUCUUAUAAUCAUCUGUUAUGGCGAACCAUUGAUUCAGUUUUGAAAAGUUCGAGAGAUAAUUCAAAUUUUGUGCGAUAUUUGGCGGAAUGUGGACAUUUUCAAAGUUUCGACUUAUUGAAUUCAUUAUUAGAUCUUCCACGGGUAAAUGUUCCCAUACCCGACUUGUUUUUGAUUAUUAAUGUUUCUUUGAGAGCUGA